AUGGAUUUGAUUACUAGACUCUCAAGUAACUCAAAUCUACCCAAGGGCUUUCAUUUACAGCAAGGGUUGAUUAUCAAGAAUGGUAGAAUUGUCAUUGUUCCAGAUUCUCCGUUUAAAGCUAAAGUUCUGCAUUUUAUUCAUGAUGACCCCUUAGCAGAUCAUUGGGGAUAUUUAAAGACAUACCAAAGGGCCAAGAGGGAUUUUAUAUGGAAGGGCAUGAAGCGUGACAUUAAGAAGUUGGUGAGGGAAUGCCUACUAUGUCAGACUGUCAAGAAUGAAACUACUGCACCAGCAGGGCUACUGCAACCCUUGCCGACUCCUCAACAACCAUGGGCUGACAUUUCUAUGGAUUUCAUAGAAGGAUUACCUAAGUCUAAUGGGUUUACUAUUAUUCUGGUGGUGGUUGAUCAUCUGACCAAAUUGGGACAUUUUAUACCUUUAGCCCAUCCAUACACAGCUUCCAUUGUAGUGUAUUUAUUCAUGAAGCAUGUUUUUAAAUUACGUGGCUUGCCAAAAUCCAUUGUUUCUGACAGAGAUCCAGUGUUUGUAAGCUCUUUUUGGAAGAAUCUUUUUACAUUACAGGGUUCAUCUCUCAACUACAAUUCAGCCUAUCACCCUCAAAACAAGAAAAGAGUAGAACAACAAUUCUCGGAGGGCGAUUGGGUGUACCUACGACUGCAGCCUUACAGGCAAGCAUCUCUAGCCACCAGACGCAAUAUGAAACUCUCGCCCCGCUUUUAUGGACCAUUCCAGAUCACCAAACGUGUAGGAGUCGUAGCAUAUCGCUUGGAUCUACCCACCACAGCAAAAAUUCACCCCACUUUCCAUGUUUCUUGCUUGAAGAGAAAAGUGGGUGAUACGAUUCAACCAUUGUCAACACUGCCACCGGUGGACACUCACGACGAAAUCCUUCUAGAACCCGAAGCCAUAGUGGAACGCCGCAUCAAACGCCAUGGAAAUCAGCCAUUUACUGAAGUGCUUGUGAAAUGGUCUGGCCUUUCGGAGGAGGAUAACACAUGGGAAAGCUAUUGGAAACUCAAGAACUUGUAUCCGCACCUUGUGGGCAAGGGUCGUAGGCAUGAUAGAUCAGGCAAACCUACUAUCCAAACAAUUCGAGAGAUGAUUGUUUUACUAGAGCGGCAGUUCUAUAAAGAGCUCAGUGGUGCCAACGCAGAUGAUGGAGGAGCAUAUAUGAUCUCUGUCCAAGAAGCUCCAGUUAUAUAUUCAGCGGACGGACUCGCUGAAUAUCUCUGUAUUCCUAAAUUGCGCGAUGCCUAUCUGAACAUGCUGCCUAGAGAGUCUGAUCCUUCGGGUGAUGCAGAGACGCCUUAG